AGCGGCGGCGGGUGACGGCGACGGAUUCGGUCCGUGGGUUCUUCUUUGCCAUCGCCCGGAGCGCGUCACUGAACCGUCCACCAUGUCCAUGGGGCUGGAGAUCGGCGGCGUGGCCUUGUCGGUGCUGGGGUGGUUGUGCAGCAUCAUCUGUUGCGCGUUGCCCAUGUGGAGGGUGACGGCCUUCAUCGGCAACAACAUCGUGACGGCCCAGAUCAUCUGGGAAGGGCUGUGGAUGAACUGCGUGGUGCAGAGCACGGGGCAGAUGCAGUGCAAGGUGUACGACUCCAUGCUGGCGCUGCCGCAGGACCUGCAGGCCGCCCGCGCCCUGCUGGUGGUGGCCAUCGUCCUGGCCGUCAUAGGCUUGAUGGUGGCCAUCGUGGGCGCCCAGUGCACCCGCUGCGUGGAGGACGAGAGCACCAAGGCCAAGAUCACCAUCGUCGCCGGCGUCAUCUUCCUGCUCUCCGGCAUCAUGACCCUCAUCCCCGUGUGCUGGUCGGCCAACACCAUCAUCCGGGAUUUCUACAACCCGCUGGUGAUCGACGCGCAGAAGCGGGAGCUGGGCACCUCUCUCUACGUGGGCUGGGCGGCCUCCGCGCUCCUGCUGCUUGGGGGGGCCCUGCUCUGCUGCUCCUGCCCCCCCAAAGAGGACAGGUACCCCACGGGCAAGGUGGCCUACUCUGCCCCACGCUCGGCUGUCACCAGCUACGACAAGAGGAACUAUGUCUGAGCCCCCCCCUCGGGAUCCCCCGGCACCCCCCACCUCACCCCACCCUCCCCGGGACCCCCAGGGCCCUCGGUGGGACCCGGGCACGGCAGCGCCGGGGCAGGGGGGGGCGCGAAGGAGGGGACGGGCCGGCGGCGGGGUCAGGGCCGGGCUGUGUAAAUAGAGACAGUUUCGGUUAAACACGAGGCAGUUUCGGGUCGGCGGGAGAAGCGGCGGCCGGCGAGGCCCCGCCGCGCCCAUGGGGCAGGAUGGGGGCGGGAUGGGGACGGUGCCCCCCCCGGCGUGUCCCCCCCAUCGCUGCCGGCCGGGCACCGUCUGUCCCUGUUACGCGUGGUCUGUAUCGGUUACAUUUGUCAAUAAACGUGUCCUGUUUUGGUA